AUGGAGGAGCUGCUGCUGACAUCUGCUACAACUGUGGAAGACCAGGCAAUUAGGCCAGAGAUUGCCGAGCUCCACCACAAGGACGAGUGCCACCCAGUAGACAACAAGGCAGGGGUCCGUAACCAGGAAGCAGAUGACCAAUGGUACCAAUUUGUGAGGUGCAGAGGGAAGUCCAGCAGGCGAGAGUCCAAAACCAGGGAGCAGAUGACCAACGGAGCAGUGCUGUAUCGGAUUCCUCUGACCUGGGGUCAGAAUAAACUCUCCUGGAAGCUGGUCCAUGCAGCUCUGAUGCUCUCAUCCCUCAUCUUGGCAGUUGUGGGACUCUAUGCUGUCUUUGACGUCCACAAUGCCCAUAAGGGUUCCAACCUGUACUCGUUACACAGCUGGAUUGGAAUUGCAGCUGUGGCUCUGUUUGCCAUGCAGUGGGUGGGGGGAUUUGCAGGCUUCCUGCUGCCUUGCUCCUCUCUAUCAAUACGUAAAGUCCUGAAACCUGUGCAUGUGUGGCUGGGCUGCAGCCUUCUGCUGCUCAGUGUUGCUGCCUGCAUCUCUGGUAUCAAUGAGAAACUCUUCUUUGUCCUGAAAGCUAACAUGAGUGGAGCUGAGCCUUACAGCAGCCUUCCUCCUGAGGCGGUCUUAGGGAACUCUUUAGGAGCUUUGAUUGUAGCCUUUGCUUUGGUUGUCCUCAACAUUCUAUGGAACAGUAAAUGGCAAAGACUGGAUUCCAGGCCAGAGGACACGACUUACACGCCAUUACUUCAAGAAGAAGAUGAGUGA